AAGUGAAAUCAUUCAAUGUUGGGGAUGUUGUUGAGUCGGCAUCAACCGAGAACGACGGUCAUUGGUACCAGUGCAGGAUAGACAAGAUCAUCCAAACACCCGACGGAGUGCAGUACGCCAUUUCGUACUUAGAGGACUCCAAUGUCACCAAUGUGGUCGACGCAUCACAAGUACGGAGUGUGGUAGAAAACACAGACCAGGCAGAGGGCGACCCACAAUUUAAGACCAAUAAACAGAGAGCCCUGGAAAGCCGUGAGUACAAGAAAGCGCGCAGAGAGAAGAAGCAAGAACGUCUGCGCAAACUAGAGGAGGAGAGCGAGAAGGAUAAGAAAUCAUGGCAGUCCUUUGCCAAUGGAAAGGUGAAGAAGAAAGGGAAGAAGUCUAAGGUGCCGAACAUCAUGAACAAGAAGAGCAUGUUUGCGACGACGGAGAGCGGCAAAGUAUGUAGUGUGAAUGCGUACAAGUACUGGUGGAUGUUUGUUGGGUAUAAAUAG